GGCAGUGGCGCCCAAGGCAAAGGCGGGCGCCAAGGCCAGCGCCGAGACGGAGCCCAAGCAGUCGGCGGCGGCCGCGGAGGCGCCCUGGGUGCACGGCGGCGGCAAGCCUCGGAGGGCGCGGUUCCGCGAGGCGGAGGUCGUCGAGAUCAGGGAGGACGACGAGGCCGACAAGCUGGCAGCAGCGCUGCGGCUGCUGGAGGAGCGCGGAGUCCAGCUUGAUGAGGAGGCGCAGAAGAAGCUGGGAGUCGGCAGGCAGGCCGACCCAAGCAAGGCAGGCCCAGAGGCGCCCAAGUCGCACCACGCCACGGUGCAGAGCGCCAUGUGGAAGGUCAAAAACACGGCGGGCAAGCUCGAGAGGUCUCAGCAGAACUUGGAGGCCGCACAGGAGGCGUUGGCGGACGCCCAGCUGGCGGUGGACAAGGCCACGGAGGCCAAGGAGGCCGCAGCCAAGGCCCACGCCCAGGCGCAGGACCUGCUCGAGCGCGCCAGGAGGGUGGAGCAGGCGGGCCUCCCGCCCGAGGCACAGCUCGACCAGCGCGCGCAGGACGUCGACAGGCUGGCCCAAGCCACCCUCGGAGCGAGGUACGCCGCCGAGCUCAAGGGCCAUUUCGAGGGUGAGGAGGCCGUCCAGGUUACCCAGGCCAUCGAGCUCUUCUCAAAGCUCGCCGCCGCGAGCAAGGCCCGCAUUGAGGCGGCCAAGCGGGCGGCGGAGGGCGGGUCACCAGCAGCCGCGGGAGGGGGCGCAAUGCAGGAGGAGGGCGACGACUUCGACGCCAGAGUGGAGGCCCUCGAUGGGGCCAAACGAGCUGAGGUCGAGCGUUUCCUCGAGUCGCACGGCUGCUCCUUGCCCAAGCGCCUGCGCCUCCCAGCGGGCUCCGCUGCAGGCAAAGGCGCGGCCAAGGCAGCAGAGAAGAGCGAGGACCAGGAGACGGGCGUGGCGCCAGGAGGAUUCCCAGCGGUCUCGGUCUACCUGGUGGCCACCACCAGCGGCCUGGACCCCGAGAGCAGGGUGCUGCUCGCGCAGUUGAGACAGUACCUCGAGGCGGCGCAGGCCCCGUACAUCAUCGGUCCCGAGAACGUCGAGGCCGCCGUGCUGGACGAGUCCUUCGGACAGGGAGGCGGCGAGAGGCCACCGUCAGCGUCGGCCGAGGCGCUGCGAGGAGUUCGCGUGUGCUACGACGAGGACUGGACAGCGGUCGGCCAUUCCCUGAAGGGCGACGUGCUGGACUUGCCCCCGUGCGCCGCCACGGAGAGCGGGACUGAGCCUGCAGGGCAGGUCAGCGGCGCAGGCCAGAGGCACUCUGACGAGGAGGUGGUCGAGUGCGUGGCCAAGGUCGAGCGGCUAGGCCCUGCUGCGGGGCUCGAGGCCCCGCGGGCCACGGGCAGCUGGCCUCGGACGCUGGACGAGCUCUACGCCAGCUUCGCGGCGCUGUUGGAGGAGGACUUGGGCGGCUCGUUCGACAUGGAGCAGGAGGACCUGAUGAAGUGCGCGGGCCGCGGCGAGUCCGCCCGCUUCCAGGAGGGCACCAUCAGCGCCAGCAGGCGGGGGACGCGCGCCCGCGGCUCCCCGCAGGCGCGCACCUGGCACAGGAGCGCGGCGCUGCUUUGGGAGAUGCUGGCCAGCAGGCGCCGUUUGCGGGCGCCGCACCUCGUCUCGAGGGAGCUGGACGUGCUGGCGCGGCUGCAGGCCAAGAUAGGCAAGCAGGCUGCGCAGGACCUGGUUGGCGACAUCGGCCUAAAUUUCCAGUCGCUGCUGGCGGGUUGCUCCUUCGCCACGACGCUGCUCCGCGUGGAGCUGGUCGAGCCUUUGGACGCGAUGCUGGCGGCCUGGCAGAGG